AUGAGGCUGCUCCUCCCAGCUGUCGUGCUGGCCCUGCUCGCCACCGCCCGUGCUGCUGAAGACUCCUGUGAGGGCCGUUGUGACGAAGGCUUCGACACAAACCGCAAGUGUCAGUGUGACACCCUCUGCAUGUACUACCAGAGCUGCUGCAGCGACUACUCCACCGUCUGCAAAGCCAAAGUGACCCGGGGAGAUGUGUUCGCCUUGCCAGAGGAUGACUACCUUGACUACAACCUCACUGUUGACUUCGCCACCGAGGCACCCCCCCCACACCUUUCACCAGAGGAGCCCACGCUGGAGCCCACGCUGGAGCCCACGCUGGGCCCUGAAGAGAUGCUGACAGAGCUGCCCCGCACCACAGCGAGUUGGUUUGAGGAGGAAAAUCCUGAGGAGCUGUGCAGCAGGAAACCUUUUGAUGCAUUUACUGACCUGAAGAAUGGUUCCCUUUAUGCUUUCCGAGGGAGGUACUUCUACGAGCUGGACAAGACAAGUGUGCUGCCUGGCUACCCUAAACUCAUCAGUGAUUUCUGGGGCAUUGAGGGGCCCAUUGAUGCAGCCUUCACACGCAUCAACUGCCAGGGCAAGACUUACCUGUUCAAGGGCAGCCAGUACUGGCGCUUUGACGAUGGCGUCCUGGACCCUGGGUACCCACGCAACAUCUCUGAGGGCUUCGAAGGCAUCCCCAACAAUGUCGAUGCGGCUUUCGCCCUCCCCGCGCACAACUACCACGGCAAUGAGAGAGUCUAUUUCUUCAAGGACAAGUACUACUGGUCCUACGACUUUGCUCACCAGCCCACGCAGGCUGAUUGCGAGAAAUCCUCUCCCUCCACCGUGUUCAACCACUACGCCUUCAUGAACCGGGACAGCUGGGAGGAUGUCUUCCAGCUCCUCUUCGGUGGCAGGAUGAUCGGGGCAAGCAGCCCCCGGUACAUCAGCAGAGACUGGCGGGGGGUGCCUAGCCGUCUGGAUGCCGCCAUGGCCGGCAGGAUCUACGUGGCCUCCCACCACUACCGCAGGAGGAAGUCUCGUCACCAGCGCAAGAGGUACAAGAACCACCGGUCCCUGAACUUAGGGUUCUGGGGAUGGCUGCAAAACGACUCCGAGUCGGCGGGCGUUGAGAACGACUGGCUGUCGGGAUCCAAGUGUGACACCCUCCAGAGCGUCUACUUCUUUGUAGGAGACAAGUACUACCGCGUCAACCUGCGCACCAAGCGCGUGGACCUGGUGCAGCCCCGCUACCCUCGCUCCAUCGCCCAGUACUGGCUGCACUGCCCUCAGCCAGGGGAGGAGAGUGCCUGAGAGAGGAGAGAGGGCCCUGACAGAGACACUUGGCUGCACAGCCCCUAGCUAGACAGAAAUAAA